GUCGACCUCUACAUCAACCUCGUCCGCACCCGACGACGCACUAUAUACAACGACUUCUGCCUCGGAUCAAACCGCUUACGAACACCUUCUUGCCUUUUACAUUUUCGAACCCCCGCAACACCGCCGACAUGAAUCCUGAAUACGACUACCUCUUCAAGCUACUCCUUAUCGGUGACUCUGGUGUCGGAAAGUCCUGCCUGCUGCUGCGUUUCGCAGACGACACAUACACAGAGAGCUACAUCUCCACCAUCGGUGUCGAUUUCAAAAUCCGGACCAUCGAGCUCGAUGGCAAGACGGUGAAGCUACAGAUUUGGGAUACCGCCGGCCAAGAGCGUUUCCGCACCAUCACAUCUUCGUACUACCGUGGCGCCCACGGCAUCUGCGUCGUCUACGAUGUGACCGACAUGGACUCAUUCAACAACGUCAAGCAGUGGCUGCAGGAGAUUGACCGAUACGCUACAGAGGGCGUCAACAAGCUGCUCGUAGGCAACAAGUCCGAUAUGGCGGACAAGAAGGUUGUCGAGUACACCGUGGCCAAGGAAUUUGCAGACAGCCUCGGCAUCCCCUUCCUCGAGACGUCCGCGAAGAGCGCCACCAACGUCGAGCAAGCUUUCCUCACCAUGGCCCGCCAGAUCAAGGAGCGCAUGGGUACCACAACCGCCAACACGAAGCCCACAGUCCCCAUCGGGCAGGGCCAAGGCGUACAGAGCGGAUCGGGUGGCGGCUGCUGCUAGAGAAGAAGGGAACAAUUGAAUGUGUCGGGAAACGUACAAGCGUCCAAAGACAAGCGACACAAGGCGUCGGUUCUCGAGUUCCGAUCUCUAUAUGCGAUUGCGGAUGUGGUGCGGUACUACUAUAAUGCUCACUGAUACAUGACCGUCAUGUCUCUCCCAUUCGUCAUCAUCUCCACGUCUUUGUCCUUGUCUAUGUGUGGCAUGGCGACGCGACUCGCUUAGAAUGGGGGCUUUCGUUUGGAUUUUCGGGAUAUGCCCGUGUCUGCAUUACAAUUUGUCGUGGCCGCUAGGUCUCUUUCCUUCGGAGUCUUCUAGGUGUUCUUAAUGUGGGCAAAUACUU